CACCUCCCCCUUUGCAGAAUCCCACCCCAAGUCUCGAUGCUCCGCCGCAUAGCCGCCCUCCGGCCGCCGCCGCGGGCGGCCACGCCGGUGGGGGCGAUUGCGGCGCCCUAUUCCUCCAAGUCCACGUCCAUCCCUCAGAAGCAGCAGCGCGUCCGAGACCAUGCCUUCGAUGGCAUCAUGGAGGUCCAGAAGCGCGUCCGCCGCUUCCACGCCCUCUACUCCCUCCUCCUCUACGCCGCCGCCCCCACCGCACCGUCCCGCGCCGGUGGAAGUGGCGCCGUGUCCGUCCCCUUCACUCGUCUCGGCGCCCUCGCGCGCCGCCAGCUCCGCCUCGCGCCCCUCGACGCUGGCCGCUUCCUCCUGCGCCACGCGCACGCCUUCCACCUCUUCCUCCACCCCGUCCACCGCAUGCUCCACAUCCGCCUCACCCCACGCGCCGCAGCGGCGCUCGGCGCUGAGGCCGACGCCGUCGCCGCCGCGCUCCCCGGCGCCUCCGUGCUACGCCUCCGCAAGCUCCUCCUCCUUGCGCCCCCGCACCGCCGUCUCCGCCUCGAGCACAUCCAUCUCCUCCGCCGCGACCUCGGCCUCCCAGACGAUUUCGCCGAAUCUGUCAUCCAAGCCAACCCCUCGCUCUUCCGCCUCACCCCUGACGGCUUUGUCGAAUUCCUGCCGUCCCCCACCGACCCGCCCGACCUCACCGUCGCCGCCGUAGAGCGCGCUCGGGAGCGCCACUACCGCGAGCACCGCGCCCCCGGCUCCGCCGAGGAGGACGCGCGUUUCGCGUUCCCCAUUCGUUUCCCGCCAGGGUUUAAGAUAGGCAAGUACUUCCGGAUCGCUGUCUGGAAAUGGCAGCGCCUCCCCUACGCUUCGCCCUAUGCAGACGUCACGGGCCAUGAUCUGCGCUCGCUUGAGGCGAAACGCCGCAUGGAGAAGCGCGCGGUCGCUGCUGUCCAUGAGCUUCUCUCGCUCACCGUUGAGAAGCGCACCACAUUGGAGCGCCUUGCGCUGUUCCGUGAUGCACUCGGUGUGCCCAAGAAGAUCAAGGAGUUCUUGCUGAAGUACCAGGGCAUAUUCUACAUAUCCACGAGGGGGAAUCAGGGGAAGCUGCAUACAGUGUUCCUCAGGGAGGCGUAUUACAAAGGGGAACUUGUUGAUCCAAAUGCAAUACAUGCUGCAAGACGGAAGCUGGAGGAGGUGCUCAUGAUCAGCCCGCAGAAGGCGAAUUUGGACAGAAUGUUCACCAGCAUGGGCCGUGGGUGGGAUGAACUUGGUGGCAGCGGCCGUGGUGGAUCUGAACUGAGGGAUGAGUUUCUUGGUGAUGGACGUGGCCGUAAAAAGAGUGGUGACGCUGAUGGCGCUGAGAGUGGAGAGGACUCGGGUGUUGAAUCACUGUACAUUGAGUGAGAAAUAGAAUCAGAUAUGAAGGCUCUGGACAUCAAGUUGCAAGCUUGAUUCUGAGCAGGCACCCCGUUCCCUUUGGACAAGGUGAUGAGUUCAGAACUAUCAGCAAGGAAAUCACAUUCAUGAACCUGCAAUGAGUCAAUAAUAAGAUGGAGCCCGAGGAAAAGGCUAAAGGCCUCCGCAUAAAGGGAGCUGAGAAGUUUUUGCUUCAAAUAAGAUGGAGACCGAGGAAAAGACUAAAGGCCUCCGCAUGAAGGGGCAAAUUAGCCUGAGAAGUUUUUGCCUGAACGUGUAAUCUACAAGGGGACUGCAAACCACGAUAUGUUCUGUAAAUGCCCAGACCAUUCUCCUAGCAUUGAUGUAUGAGGCAUCAGACCUGCAACAACAGCUAGAAAGGGAACUACAACGUUCAUAGUUACUAUUGCUUCAAGGAUUCUGAAACCUGUUAUCAGAUAUUUGUUGUUCAACAAGGCAAGCUUUGUAUUGAGCCUUGCCUUUUGCACAGCCUUUGCCUGAAAAAUGAUACAGUGGAUAGGCAACUUUUUUUUUUCAGUAUCAUUCUGGUCAGUAGGCCACUGCAAAUAUAAUGUAAAAGCUCAGACCAAGAGCCUUGCAGGAAAUCAGAUUUUGAUAGCUA